AAAAAAAACAAAAGAGAUAUAUAGCUUCCUCAAGUCAAAUAACGAUAACCACAACUUUGAUGAACGAGAUACUCUCUUCUUAAAACCUCAUCCACCCAAACACAAAUGUCUUGUAAUCCUUCUCUUAUCUUUCUCCUUGUGAUUCCUUUUUAUAUUCCUCUGAUAUUUUCUCUCAGUUUGAUCUCAUUUGCUCUGCAAUGGCGACUACCAUGAAUGCUGCUGUUUCUCUCACAUCUUCAAACUCUUCUUCUUUUCCCGCUACAAGUUGUGCCAUUGCUCCUGAAAGGAUCAGGUUUACUAAGGUACUUUAUAAGCUUUUCUCAACUGGAUAAUGAUAAAGUCAAGAUCCCACAAAAAAAGUUGUGUAGUCGAGAGUCUAGAGAUGCUCUGCUUUUAUGGUUUUGCUAAUAAUCUUCUGGGUCUUGUAAGUAACAUGUUAAGUAAAGUUUUGGAAUUUGGAUAAAUGUGCUUCUGGGUUUUCUCAAAUAUGACCAAAAACUUUUGGAAGAUCAAUGUACUGUUGAUGGGAUCUUGAUUAGGUCUCUCUGGUUUUGUUGUUGGGUGUGUUUAAAAGGGUGCUUUUUACUACAAAAGCAACAAUGUAGUGACAGGUAAAAGAGUGUUUUCCAUAAAAGCACAAAUCACAACAGAAACAGAUACUCCUACUCCUGCAAAGAAAGUAGAGAAAGUGUCAAAGAAGAACGAGGAAGGUGUGAUUGUUAACAGGUACAGACCAAAAGAGCCUUACACUGGAAAAUGCCUUCUCAACACCAAAAUCACAGCUGAUGAUGCUCCUGGAGAGACCUGGCACAUGGUUUUCAGCCAUCAAGGAGAAAUCCCGUACAGAGAAGGACAAUCUGUUGGUGUGAUUGCAGAUGGAAUUGACAAGAAUGGAAAGCCUCACAAGGUCAGACUUUACUCCAUUGCAAGCAGCGCUCUUGGAGAUCUCGGCAAUUCUGAAACCGUUUCUUUGUGUGUUAAAAGACUUGUUUAUACUAAUGACCAAGGAGAGACUGUUAAAGGAGUUUGCUCAAAUUUCUUGUGUGAUUUGGCACCCGGAAGUGAUGUUAAGCUGACUGGUCCUGUAGGCAAAGAAAUGCUUAUGCCAAAGGAUCCAAACGCCACCGUUAUUAUGCUUGCCACAGGGACAGGAAUUGCUCCUUUCAGGUCUUUCUUAUGGAAGAUGUUCUUUGAGAAACAUGAUGACUACAAGUUCAAUGGCUUAGCUUGGUUGUUCUUGGGUGUACCAACCACUAGCUCUUUGCUCUACCAAGAGGAGUUUGAUAAGAUGAAAGCAAAGGCCCCCGAGAACUUCAGGGUGGAUUACGCGAUAAGCAGAGAACAAGCGAACGAUAAAGGAGAGAAAAUGUAUAUCCAGACUCGGAUGGCGCAAUACGCAGCUGAGUUAUGGGAGUUGUUGAAGAAAGACAACACUUUUGUUUACAUGUGUGGACUCAAGGGAAUGGAGAAAGGAAUUGAUGACAUUAUGGUCUCAUUGGCUGCAAAUGACGGUAUUGACUGGUUUGAUUACAAGAAGCAGUUGAAGAAGGCAGAGCAAUGGAACGUUGAAGUCUACUGAUCAAAAAGCCUUUGACAUUUCUGUAGCAAAGUAUAGCUGAACAAAACUGUAAUUUUCGCUUCUGAAUUUCUGUAUUUUGAAGAUAAGUUUUUUAGAUAUGUUAUACUAAAAAAAGAGUUCUUUAAUCAUUAUCAUUUACUUCUUCCCAUUAUUUUGCUUUAAGUUAAAUGACACAUUG